AUUGUUUGAAAUCAAAUCUUUUCGAAUUUCCCUCUGUGAAGUAAAUAAAUAAGAAAUUCCACACGCACCACACCACGAUACAUUAUCUUUUUUCUUUUCGAGAAUUUUAUAUUGGUCUUUUUCGGCGCAUAGACUUUAGAUCGGUUUUUACCUACCUUUCUUCACAUAUUAGAAGUAUCCGUUACAGUCAAAAAUACAAAAAGGGGGGCUCCAGUCUUAAAUCGACAAACUGUUUUCUUCAGCUGUCAAACGUACCUUAAGGGCAAGUGGUUCGGGUGUUUCGAUUGCGGCGGCGGCGUGUUUUCAACAGAAAAACACCGUCAAGGGAAAUAGCGCGAGUUUGCUUGGAAGAAAUAUAGAAAGGAGGAUGCAUAGUAAGGUUGUUGGUGAGUAUUCCCUUCUUUUAUGGUGGGGUGAACUGGGAGGGGUGAUGGAUGGGAAUUGAAGAAAGAAAGGUGUCUGCGAAUAAGGUACUGACUUCAAGGAAUAGUUAUUGGCUCAGGCCCGGCGGCUCACACUGCUGCCGUAUAUCUUGCGCGUGCAGAAUUAAAACGUGAGUCCACAUUCUGGGGAUAGGAAAUCGAGAGUUGGUGGAAGGGGGUUGGCUGACAUUCAUUGUUUAGCUGUACUUUAUGAAGGUUUCUUAGCAAAUGGAAUUGCUGCUGGUGGACAAUUGACUACUACCACCGAUGUAGAGAAUUUUCCUGGUUUCCCUAAAGGGAUUGGUGGACAAGAACUUAUGGUAAUUUCACCUCGUUUCCAGAAAUUGGCAGAACGACAGCUAAAGAAUUUUGUGAAAAGGAUAAUAUGCGCGCACAAUCCGAACGAUUCGGUACUCAAAUCAUCACCGAAACAGUUGCAAAAGUUGAUCUCUCCAAACGCCCUUUCAAAUACUGGACCGAAUGGGAUGACAAAACCGAACACACAGCGGAUUCCAUCAUCAUCGCUACCGGUGCAUCAGCUCGCAGACUCGGUCUUCCAGGUGAGGAGAAAUACUGGCAAAAUGGUAUUUCCGCUUGUGCAGUUUGCGAUGGAGCCGUACCAAUUUUCAGAAAUAAGCCCCUGGUAGUUAUUGGUGGUGGAGAUAGUGCUGCGGAAGAAGCCAUGUUCCUCACGAAAUACGGAUCUCAUGUUACGGUUUUGGUCCGAAAAGAUCAUCUACGUGCGUCGAAAACGAUGGCUAAGAGAUUACUUGCCAACAAGAAAGUUACUGUUAAAUUCAACACCGUCGGAGGUGAAAUUACUGGUGAUGAUAAGGGAUUGAUGACGCAUAUGAUUUUUAAGAACGUCGUUACUGGAGAGGAAGAGAAAGCCGAAGCCAAUGGGUUAUUCUAUGCCGUAGGACAUGAUCCAGCUACUGCAUUGUUCAAAGAGCAAAUCGAGACUGAUUCCGAGGGAUAUAUUGUAACCAAGCCCGGAACGAGUUACACGAAUGUGGAGGGGGUUUUUGCCGCGGGUGAUGUUCAGGAUAAGAGAUACAGACAGGCUAUUACUAGUGCCGGUACGUUUUGCAUCUUCAUCUUUGAAUCUGUAACGAGAAACUAAUCAUGUCAAUAGGAUCUGGAUGUAUAGCAGCUCUGGAGGCAGAAAAAUUCCUCGCUGAGCAAGAGGAUGCGGAAAAUGAUUUGGAGAAGACGGAUGCUGAAAAGGGUAGCAAUGUUGUGGUUCCUGAGUAUAGAUCUAACCCUUUGCUUUAAGUUUUUUUCUUUGUCAUUGGUCAUUUUAGAUGUUUUUACAUGGCAUUUAGUGAGAUAGGUUGGAUUCCUUGCAUGCUUGCACGGAUAUCCUUAUAGUUAGUUAUUAUACCUUGAUAGAAAGA